ACACACACUCUCUCACACACAGACGUUGUUGCCGUCAUGCGGAAAGGGAGAGUGGAACUGCUCGUGCCGCCCAUCCAGGGCGAGAAGUCCCCCGCUGCCCUCCCACCAGCCGCUCCGGUAAAGGAGGACCAGCAGCAGAAACAGCAGGGCCAGCUCGUUCUGGCGCCGACGAAGCCGCCGCCGCGGGUGGGCCACAAUGCCAUCUCUCUUCGCCCCGCCCGCCCGCGUGAGUCGCUUAUCUCCAAGUCGCAGCGUGACGCACUGACGGUGUCAGCAUUCGGCUUCGGCACGACACGCCACGGCCAGCCGGACCAGAGCGCCGAGUCAGUGAAGAACGGCCUCGCCACCGCCGCGGGGGACAUUGGCAGCAUCGUUGUGUCGCAGAGCGAGAAGGACUCUCUGCGCUUUCACCUCUGCGUCGACGCGCUCGCGGAGGGCUGCAUUACGACGUUCAUCCACCUCUUCCGCCUCUCACACCGCGACCCGGUGUGUGUCGACCAGCUCGCGCAGACGCACUUCACGAUCCCCGACGCGAGCCUGCGGUGGGUGCGCGACCAGCUGGCGGCUGUGGAGGUGCUGCGGCGGCAGAGCGAGUUCCGCGACGUGUACGAGCGCUGCCGCGCCCUUGCGGAGUACUUUGAGGGCGAGCGCGACUACGCGGAGGCGGCGUGCCACUACGACACCGCGCUGCGCUACG